AUGACUGAUGACGAUUCUAAUCAAGCUAUUCUUGCAAUCACAAAAGUAGGAUGCAUGAUUGCUUUUUUUAUGUUAAUUCUAAUUGUAGGGAGCCUUCCUAUCCGACUGAAAGCAUUCAAAUCAAAUAAGGUAUAAGUAGCAUAUGAAAAGUUCAGAAACUUUUAGCAUAUAUGGGAGCAUUUUCUGGUGGUUUAUUUUUAGCAGUAGGAUUAGUUCAUUUGUUACCAGAGGCAGCAGAGAAUUUUGAAUAGUAUUAUGAGGAUGAUGAAGAGCAUUUUCCAUUUGCCUAUGCUAUAUCAAUAGCUAGUUUUUCACUAAUUCUUUUUAUUGAAAAAAUAAUAACAGNUUUAUAUUUGGACGGAUGGUAGACAAUAUGAAGGAUUUUAUUUGAAUGAUAAAAAACAUGGUUAUGGAAUCUAUGUUUGGCCAGAUGGAAGAGUAUUUGGAAUAUUAUUAUUUAGAAAUAUGAUGGUUAUUGGUUAAAUGGAAAAUAAUCUGGAAAUGGUAGGUAUGUAUUACAGAAUGGUAAAAGCUAUCUUGGGCUAUGGUAAGAUGGAAAAAGAAUUAGAUGGUUAGAUUAAUCAGAAUAUAAUAUAGAUUUAAGACCUAAAGAUUGGAAUUCAUAUGUAUAGCCAUCUAUGCCAGAAUGA